AACACAAAUUAUGAAAUAUUUGUUCUACUAGCGAGACAACGAAACGCGAUAGAACAACAGCACGCUUAUGUCACAAGAAAAAAUAUUUGAAGCCUUGAAAAGCAAAGUAAAAGCGUGCAACACCUUGUGCGCUUGGAAACAAAACCUCGUUUUGUCAACGUUUAGCCGGGGCAAGCAUUUUACAAGGAACUUCGACAGCUGCGUGUUUUCCAGCAAGCCAUCAACAAAGAAUGAAACCCUUCAAACGAGGUAGGCAGAAAUUAGCCAUGUUAUUUUUAUUGCCAGGCAUUAAUUGUUGCCCUGACCACGUCUGACGGUUUGCCCAGUGUGCCCGCCUGUUGGUUUUAAAUGGAAUGCGGCUUUUUGUUGCGAGCAAAUGCAGCGUGUGUUUGUUUGAAUUUGGAGGGACAGCUAACCAGCUAGUUAUCUUUGGAAGCAAGCAUGGUGUCCAUCUGGCGGAGCGACAGAACAGUCCUACAUGCGCUAUGGCGUGCGUUCAAGGGGCUCUUUGUACAUUUGCUACGUGACGAUGGGAAGAUGGCUAGCAAACUUAGUCAAUGUUUUCUUUGCUCAUUUUUCGAGCAUUUACCGGAUUUCCUUAUUUUUGCUAUAUUUUCUGCAUUUGGCAAAUUGAUAACAUUCCGCUAGGUAUUUGAUUUUAUUGGAACAUUGUUAGUUAACUGCACGGCAGACGAGAUUGAAUGGAACAAGACCGAAUUACAAUCACUGAUUCGAACUUCAUUGUUUGCUUGGUAGCCGGCUAGCCUUAAAAGCUAGCUAGUUAACUAACUAGUUACGUUGGCUGCAAUGCCUUGAAUAUUUUAAUAAAUGUAACAACUCAAUUUCUGCACACGCCUUUGAAGUUUGUUAACGCAUUGAGGAUUUAGAAAAUAUCAUAUUAGCUCCACCAAGAUAAGGAGAACGGCCUUUACUUUGUAGACAAAGUUGAGGUUUGAUAGAGGAACAGCGUGUGACAUGUAAGUUAACGGACUUCAAGCUAACCUCCUCUCUCAUCAAACUAACUAGUUUAGUUAGAUGGCUCAAAUGAUCCACGUUUUAUGAUCCACCUUGAGUGCAUUCAUUGUUAGCUACUAGCUAAGCUACAGGUCAUUACCAGCUGUGUAAUGGGAUAGCUAGUAACGUUAGCUGCUACUUUCAAACUGUUCAAGGGACAUAUUUACAUUUUAGUCACUUAUCCAGAGCGACUUAGUGAGUGCAUACCUUUUUCAUACUGGCCCCCCGUGGGAAACGAACCCACAACCCUGGCGUUGCAAGCGCCAUGAUCUACCAACUGAGCUACAGGGGACCCUGACAGCAGAACUCAAACCACUCACAUGCCAGUGUUUUAGACAGUACAAAUAACUAGUUUACCAAUUUAGGUAGUUAGCAUAUUUAGUUUGCUAUAAUCAAUUAUCAGUUUUGCCCUUUCAUGCACUUAAAUAAACGUUUUUAAGAUUAUAGCAGCUAACCGCUAACGUCCUGUAAACAAUUGGAAGCACAUUCAAUUUGGGCAUACAAACAAGUGAGAAGAGUGUCUCCAGUGCUCUGAAUUCCCCUGGCAAGAGGUGAAAAUGGUCCCUCGCACGGUCUAUAGAUCGCUCGCCGCUGGAGAUAGUGAUAUGCACACAAUCUCCUUUGUGAGGACAGGCUGCCCCCGGGGGUCAGAUUUCAACCAGAGAAAGACAUUUACUGCAUUCUAUACCCAGGGAGAAAGCAUGCUCCAUUUUGAAUUGGUCUUCCCCAGUGCAACAAAUAGUGAUUUGGGGAAUGAAGACAGAUAUUGUUUUGAAUGUGUAUUUGUUCAAUUCACUUUUAAUGAUAAGUUGUCAUUGAUGCAUGCUUUAAGUUGUGCUUACCUGUCUGCUACACCCACACUAGCUCUCUCAAACUCUAGGCGGCAUUCUGCCUUCUCCCUACAGUUCUCAACUAUUCACUUCGCCCAUGACAGCCUCAUGUGAACUACAAUCCAGACACUGUUAACGUUUAGAAGCAUAUCAUUUUAACCUGUUUAUUUAUUUGAAAAUUAUUUCUCGCUGAUAUGAAAGAUACAUGUGAGGUACGGUUAUGUUAAUGUUUAGACUGAGAUUCUGGGAUCUUCACAAAAUUCCCCCUACAGAAGACUCCUUCAUCUUUGACUCUUAUGUGUAAUGAAACUGAGAGUCAUGAUCAAGGGCUACACCCAUACUUACCAAUCAAUCAGUGUAACCUGAUUCAUUAAUCAAUCACAUUGCUGACAUAAAUCAUGGAUCAUACUGUGCCUAAUACUUAUCAAUACUUCACCAACCUAUUUCUUUAUAGGUCGGUGAAUGUACAAUAACGUGAACAAACAAGAAACAUAGGCCUACACAACAAGUAGAUACUUAUCAUGUCAAUCUCUGUUUUGGAGGGAAUGCAAUACAUUCCUUAACAAAUGAGUGAAUGUCCAACCCUGUGCACAGUGUCCACCAUGCAAACACUAGCACUGCCAAACUGACUCCCCUUCCCCGUCCUCAGCUCUGGAAGAGGAGCAGACGCAGGAGCUGUCGUCAGCCAUGUCCGACAGCGACCCCUUCGAGGAUGACGGCUUUCCCCUUGACCUGUCGGGAGGCGGCGUGGGCUCAGGCAAGCGGCGUCGCCGCGGCAACCUGCCCAAGGAGGCGGUGACUGUGCUGCGGAGCUGGCUGUAUGAGCACCGCUACAACGCCUACCCUUCAGAGCAGGAGAAACUCAGCCUGUCAGAUCAGACCAGCCUCUCCGUGCUGCAGGUGGGUGGAUCGGCCUAACAUUGUCAAAAGCAAAAUUAAUGAAGGAAAGCCUGCACGUGGUAAAAUGCCCAAGUGCCUGUAAGGUUAUACUAUGUGGUUACUAUUAAUCCUGGUGGCCUCCAUAGUUCAUGUUGAUAAGUUUUGAUUAUGCUAACUUUGGUCAGUCAUCAGUCAUUACAGUGCUGAAUCAAUCAUGUGGAUUUAACUGUGGGAUAGAUCUCACACACUCACCCUAACAAGGCUGGAUAGAUUUAAACUCACACUAUUUGAACUGUUAUAACAACUAUUUCUAAAUAUUAGGUUCGGUUUCAGCAUGCUCCUCUGACAAGUGUAGUGUUGAAAUGAAUGAUUUCCAAUGUCCUCCAGUUGAAUGGUUCCAGAUAUGCUGUUUAGCUCCUGGUGCAGUGUAAACAGUUGAUCACAGCAGACACUUGGGCCUAGAUGGAACCAUGACUACAUACUUAUUACCCUGUCCAAGAUAGUUGUUUGUUUAUCAGAUAUUGUGUUCUCUAUUGGCCUCAUGAGUUUCAUGUGUGCGGGGCGAUAAACGCCGUAGCGCCUAUAGGCCUACUUCAGGCCGUUGCUAAGUAUUCUAUAAAUAGCGAUCCAUCCCAUUAUAUUUACAUUCGUACUUAUCAUCUUACUUCAGCCCUAGGGUGUUUCACAACAGUGUAGCAAAUGUCCCAUGACUAAUGUACUACUGUACAGUUGAAUUUGACACCGUUACAGCAGCCCUUGUAGGCAACCAUGCAAUGUUUCCUCUUCCCUCCAAGACACACACACAUUCACACCCCAGGAGUGGUGACACGAGCAGACAGAGCGAGAGAGGCUAGAGCAAAGUGGAGCAGACAUGCUGCGUUGUGGCCGGCAAACAGACAGGCUGCGGUGUAGUCGGCGCAGUGCCCCUGGCUGGCCGUGCGCUUCUCUAUGUGGCUCAGCGUUUUUCACCCGAGACUUCUUUAAUGCCAGCAGUCUGAUGUCCCUCAUCUCACUGUGUGUGGGGGAUAUGUUUCCCACUAGAGGGAGGUAAACAAGGCCUAAAGGUGAGGGAGACUGAGAAUAUGUGGGCCAAACAACUGGCCUGGGACCAGUUUUAACUCUUCGUUAUACGCGUCAGUUGAGUUAUGGGUUGAGCUAAUUAUUAGUGUCUUCUAGUUGACUUGGCACACUAAACUAAAAAAUACUUUCCAAGUGACUUGAGAUCUAUAUCUGUAGUUUGGCUCUUGAGGGAAGCCUAGUUGGCCUUUUGAGAUGCACCCCUUUUGUUUCCCCAGUCAUGCAGGCGUUGUUGUUAAAAGGAAUUCCUCCACUUUUCCAGAUAUGCAACUGGUUCAUCAACGCCCGUCGCCGCCUCCUCCCCGACCUGCUCCGCAAGGACGGCAAAGACCCCACCCAUUUCACCAUCUCCAGGCGGGCAGGAAAAGGCGAGGGCCGCCCAUCCACUGCUGGUGGAGGUAGCUCCCCUGAAAGCCCCACCUCCUCGGUCCCCUCGCCAGCCCUGCCCCCACUCCGGCCCUCGGUCAUCCGGCCAGCCCCCACGCUGGACCUCAGCCUCCUGGGCACCACAGCCACGGCCAUUCUGACGGGAGCCGGCUACCCCGGCCAAGAGGGCUGCUGCGUCCAGGCCCUUAUGCAGCUGGACACGCACGUUCUCCUGAGGGAGGCCGAGGAGAAGGGCUCCACGGUUAUCAGCGCCAGUCCCACUGGCGGGCUAUUCAACACGCCACCCCCCACCCCUCCGGAGCUGUGCCCCAGCCAGGACUUCAGUGACCUGAGGCUGCUGGUGGACGCAGCUCUCCAGAGGGCUGCUGAGCAUGAGAGUCAGAUGAGCCUGCUCCAGGAGAGCCAGAAUAGGGCCACUACAGAGGCCACAGGGGUCUGCAGCAGUGCUAUGGGUCCGACCCAUCCUCCAGAGCCGAGCCAAGCUACAAUGGACUCGCCCAGAGAGCAGAGUCCCACGGAAAAGGUUAUGGUGUCCCCAGUUUCAGUCCCAAGCCCUGUCACAGUCUCCUCAGCACCUAAACUCACCCCAGCCUUUGCCUUCAUUCCUGCUCCAAGUCUGCCUCCUCGCCCAGCCCAAAUUCCAGUCCUAGUGCCAGUUUCAACCCAUGUCCCAACCUUCAUCCCUACACCAACUCUCACCCCAGUCUUAGCUUCAACCCCAACCAAACCCCCUGUGCCAGCCCCUAGCCCUGUUCAAACCUUCACCCCUGCACUAACUUUAUCCCCUGUCCCAACCUCAGCCCCAACUUUAGCCCCAGUCCUAACACCUCCGCCAGCCCUCACCCCAUUCCUGGGCCUGUCUUCCUCCAUCCCCAGCAGCAGCAGUGUCCAGAGGGCCCAGUCGGUGGCCAGUGUGUGGAGUGUGGUCCACAGCGACGUUACAGUCCGACAGCCUGGUCCCGUGGCACAGACUCCCAUAGCCACGGUGUGGGGGGCGCAGCACACCCUGCAUGCCGUCAGCGAGACAGUCAACUAG